GUCGCAUCCUCAUAAAUACCCUUCCGGUCAUCACUUCCAACUCUAAACCCCCUCACUUUCUCUCUCUACAUUAAUCUCUCCCUCUCCCCCUCUCUCUCACUUCCUCCAUUAUUUCUUUCACUUUCUCUCUCUCUCUACAAUGUCCGGCGGAUACUUACCGCCGCCGUUCUUCCCCGCCAUCAACGGUGGUGGUGGUGGCGGUGCUUCACUUCCUUCGGCUAACAACCUGUUCCAACCUCAACAGCCGGCCGAUCCACCGCCUGCGGCUUCGUCGUCGCCGCCGUCGUCCUCCUCCUCCUCGGCUUCGUCGUCGAUUAUUAUAGUUGUCAUUGUUAUUGCGUCGGCGGUUAUCGUCUCCGCCACUAUUUACCUCAUCCUCCGCUUGCUGUCUCGCCGCUGUCACCGCUCAUUUCGGACGCACGACGCGGCGGACGACGUGAUCUCUAGCUCCGCCACCGCCGCCGCAGCCACAGCUGGAGCUGCGAACGAGCGGCGCUCUGCUCCCGAGACGUUGGAGUCGUUACCGCUGUUCACGUUCGGUUCUGUUACGGGGAACCUAACCGGCGUGGACUGUGCGGUUUGUUUGUCCAAAUUUGAGACGCAUGAUCAGUUGCGGUUAUUGCCUUUGUGUUGCCACGCGUUCCACGCGCAGUGUAUUGAUUCGUGGCUAUCGACUAACCAGACGUGUCCUCUGUGCCGGUCUACGGUGUAUCCAACGGACGCCGAUAUUCUCCGCAAAAUUCUCUCAGUCUCUAAUGGCCGCGGCGGAGGAAAUGCCGAUCCUAACAGCGGCAGUUUUCGGAUUGAGAUUGGCAGCGUUAGCCGCCGUCGCGGAGACUCCGGUCCUAUCGUCGGCGACAGUCGGAGGUCUUACUCCGUUGGCUCGUCGUUCGAGUAUAUCGUAGACGACGGUUACGAGGUGUCUAUCGAGUCUAUCCAUCGCCGAGGAGGCUCGGAAUGCACUGACAAGGAAUCCAUCGGAGCUCCGGUACCAGAGCCGCCGGGGGACAGUUUGGCGCCAGACGUAUCCGGCGGCGGAAGGAGUUGGCUCCGAGACUACGUCGAUCGAAUCGCCUCCUUUUCUCUUUCCUCCCGUACGAUGUCGUUUCGAGGCUCCGGGAGAUUCUUCACCGAUAGCGGUCGCCGGAGCGACACCGUCGUCCCGAUAGACGACGAUUUGGAAUCCGGCCGGAUCGGCGAGGAAAUCAGCGAGUUAUUUCGGUGGCUUUCAGGGGUAUGAGAAUGUAUAUUCAAACUCUUUAGGGGCAAAUUAGAUAUUUCGCAUACUCCAAAAUUUUUGCUAUUUCCUCCCUCGUUCUCCCUAUUUUGCUAUAUGCAUCCUGCAAAUACUGGAGUGUAGAUAUAUGCCGAAUUCGUUUAUCUUUUUACAGUCAUUUUUAAAAGGAAAAAAUAUAUAUUAAAACUUAUAAACAAAAGUUGUGUCAAA